CUCUGACCCUGUCCUCCCCUAGUCUCGGUGGUUGUCCUGCUUUCUCUGGUCCUGCGUUCUGAGACCUGCACCAGCAGCAGCUGAGCUGAGCGAGGACUCGGAGGUGGAGCUGAGGCUGCUGCUCGCUCAUUCAUCAGACAAGUCAUUUCUUCUUUAUCUUUAUCCACUUCACGCAUCCUCUCGCACAGAAGCCAAGAGGAGCCCGGGCCUGGCUAUGGACACACAAAAAGAAGCUUUGCAGAGGAUCAUCACAACACUGGCCAACAAAAAUGAUGAAAUCCAGAAUUUUAUUGACACGUUAAGUCAUGUACUAAAAGGUGUGCAGUCAAACUCCACCAAGGUGCUGUCGGAGUUGGAUGAAGAGUUUGACAGUCUUUACUCUGUGCUGGACGAGAUGAAAGAGAGGAUGACCAACAGCAUAAAGCAAGAGCAGGCCCACAAAACCCUGGAACUACAGAAUCAGCUGUCCCAGUGUACAAAUGCCCUGGAGAGCUCAGAGGAGCUAUUAGAAUUUGCUUCACGGACCAUGGACAUAAAGGAGCCCGAGGAGUUCAGCAAGGCUGCCAGACAGAUCAAGGAUAGGGUCACAAUGGCUGCUGCUUUCCGUCUCUCACUGAAACCUAAGGUCAGUGACAACAUGACUCAUUUAAUGGUGGAUUUCUCCCAGGAAAGGCAAAUGAUCCAGACCUUAAAAUUCCUACCAGUUCCCAAAGCACCAGAGAUUGAUCCAGCGGAUUGUAUAGUGGCUGACAAUUGUGUGACAGUGGCUUGGCGAAUGCCAGAGGAUGAUAACAAAAUCGACCAUUAUGUACUGGAACAUAGGAAAACAAACUACGACGGACUUCCAAGACUUAAAGAUGAGAGAUGCUGGGAAAUGGUUGAUCAAAUAAAGGGAACAGAGUACACACUCACUGGUUUGAAGUUUGACUCCAAGUAUAUGAACUUUAGAGUACGAGCUUGCAACAAAGCUGUGGCAGGGGAAUACUCCGAUCCAGUCACACUGGAGACCAAAGCGCUGACCUUUAGCCUUGACAACACAUGUUCCCAUCUUAACCUGAAAGUGGAAGACUCCUAUGUAGAAUGGGAUCCAAUGGCUGGUAAAAGUCAAGAAAGUAAGGUGAAAGGAAAAGAAAAUAAAGGCAGUGGCCAUGUCACCCUGAAGAACAGUCCCAGAAGUGCAACACCAUCUCCAAAAAGAACAUCUGUCACUUCUCGGCCAUCUAUGGGGAGGGGGAGCAGAGAUCGCUUCACAGGAGAAUCUUAUACAGUGUUGGGUGACACAACAAUUGAAAGUGGACAGCAUUACUGGGAAGUUAAAGCUCAGAAGGACUGCAAAUCCUACAGCAUGGGCAUCUCGUAUAAAACCAUUGGGAAAUUUGACCAGCUAGGAAAGACAAACACAAGCUGGUGCCUACAUGUGAACAACUGGCUGCAGGCAUCGUUUGCUGCAAAGCAUAAUAAUAAGGCUAGAGCCCUGGAAGUACCAGUACCAUAUACAAUAGGCAUAUACUGUGACUUCGAUGGAGGUCAACUUUCAUUUUACAACGCAGACACGAAGCAGCUACUUCAUAGCUUCAAAACAAAGUUUACACAGCCAGUUGUCCCUGGAUUUAUGGUAUGGUGUGGCGGGAUCACAUUGUAUACAGGACUACAGGUUCCAAGUGCUGUCAGAACACUUCAGAAGACUGAAAAUGGGAUGAGCGGUUCUUCUAGCAGCUUAACCAGUGUCGCUCAAUAACAUGACACUUUGAAUUUAUAGGAGGGAACAUUUGCUCUGGUCGGAGUGGAUUGCUAAUUAUUUUUUAUUUAGUAACAUUACGGUGCUGUUCACCAAAAGUAGGAGCAAACUGAUCAUUUGGUUAUUCGCCCCUUGCUGCUCUGACGCUUGCAGUGUCCUUGCUGCCUGACCAUUGCUGCUCAGAUUUGAUGUUAGCAUCUGUUACAAAUGUUUUAACAAGACAUGGCUAAGUGGGCAGAAAACGAACAGUAUGCCAUGGUGGUUUUUGUACCCAUGGAUGCAACCCAUGCAACUUAUCCUAGGCAUAUUAAAUGACUUGAUUUUGAAUCUCUACACACUACCACCUCUCUGCUUAUUGGCUGGGACACAGUGUUCUGUAGAGCAAAUGUGGUUUUAAAAAAGGAUGCGUCCCUUUUAAUUUGUUGUUAAUAUUCUCAGACUACAGAAGUGAAAUGCUUCUGCUGUAUAUUGUUUGCAAGUCCUAAUGGUAAUAUUGAUGCUGGGCACCAACACCGGUGCUCAGCUCACCGAAAAUUUUGUAGUGGCAUCUGCUAAUAAAAAUAAACAAUUGCCUAUAUUAACUUAGACUUAGGGAGGUUGAGUAUACACUGAUGUGAUUUGAAGGAUUAAUCCAUCCAGAGGACCAAAAUAUGCUGAGGGAAGUGUGAAAUUCAACUGCAAGGGUGGUCAUUCCGAGUUGAUCGCACGUAGCAACUUUUUACUGCUUGUGCGAUCAACUAGACGCCGCCUAUGGGGGAGUGUAUUUUAGCCUAGCAGGGCUGCGAUCGCUUGUGCAACCCUGCUAUGCUAAAAAAGUUUCCUGCAAAACAAGACCAGGGUAAGAGUUACUUACCCUGUGCGACGGAUCCAGCGACGAAGGUCCCAGGAUUGACAUCAGACAUCCGCCCUCCAAACGGCUGGAUCCGCCUGCGUUCGACUCACCACGCCUUGAAAACGGUCAGUUGACGUCCCGGAACGCCUCCCGCCUGUCAGUCUUCAUGUGAUCGCGGCUGCAAUCACUUUCUGUGCUGGCGGCGCCAUCGCCCGCGCAGCCCCGACCCUUUCGCACCGUAGCGAAGAACCGCUGUGUGCGAACGGGUCGGAAUGACCCCCAAGAUGCAAUGAAAAGCUUUGUGUUUAAUGCAGUUACAUACAGCACAGACUGACCAAGCAAAAAAAUCAAAACCAUGAAAAACAGAAUCCAACCACCUUGACUCUGAAACGGAGAUGUAUGUUGUAUCUAUGCCCAAAUAAACAAAGGCCGUGUGACAUGUUAUUUAUAAAUAUUAACAA